AUGUCUUCGAACGAUGUUAAAGUAUUUCGAUAUGGCAUCAGAAAUGAAGCAGUUUCCCCCGACGAAGAAUCAUUUGGACUCCAUUCGAACGAGAAAAUAUUUUCUUGCGAUGAAGAAACAUUCGAAAGUGAUUCAAAAAGUGAAGUAUAUUUUCACGAUGAAAAAAGUUUCGAGCCUGAUUUAAACAUUAAAUUAUUUUCUCACGACACAGAAAUAUGUGAUGUAGAAAAUAAAAUAUUUUCUCCCUAUGAAAACAUAUUCGAGCAUAAUACAGAAAAUGAAGUAUUUCCUCAAUAUGAAAAAACAGUUGAACGUAAUAUGAGAAGUGAUACAGAUAGUGAAACACUUUCUCACGAAAAAGAAACUUUUGAAUAUGAUAUGUGUAGUGAACUACUUUCCCAUAAUGAAGGAACUUUUGAACAUAAUAUGAGUAAUGAACUGCUUCCUCAUGAUGAAGAAAAUUUUGAACAUAAUAUGAGUAAUGAACUGCUUCCUCAUGAUGAAGAAAGUUUUGAACAUAAUAUGAGCAGUGAACUGCUUCCUCAUGAUGAAGAAACUUUUGAACAUAAUAUGAGCAGUGAACUACUUCCUCACGAUGAAGAAAAUUUUGAACGUAAUAUGAGCAGUGAACUACUUCCUCACGAUGAAGAAAAUUUUGAACGUAAUAUGAGCAGUGAACUACUUCCUCACGAUGAAGAAAAUUUUGAACGUAAUAUGAGUAGUGAACUACUUCCUCAUGAUGAAGAAACUUUUGAACAUAAUAUGAGUAAUGAACUGCUUCCUCAUGAUGAAGAAACUUUUGAACAUAAUAUGAGUAAUGAACUGCUUCCUCAUGAUGAAGAAACUUUUGAACAUAAUAUGAGCAGUGAACUGCUUCCUCACGAUGAAGAAAAUUUUGAACGUAAUAUGAGCAGUGAACUACUUCCUCACGAUGAAGAAAAUUUUGAACGUAAUAUGAGUAGUGAACUACUUCCUCAUGAUGAAGAAACUUUUGAACAUAAUAUGAGCAGUGAACUGCUUCCUCAUGAUGAAGAAACUUUUGAACAUAAUAUGAGCAGUGAACUGCUUCCUCAUGAUGAAGAAACUUUUGAACGUAAUAUGAGCAGUGAACUACUUCCUCACGAUGAAGAAACUUUUGAACAUAAUAUGAGUAAUGAACUGCUUCCUCAUGAUGAAGAAACUUUUGAACAUAAUAUGAGCAGUGAACUGCUUCCUCAUGAUGAAGAAACUUUUGAACAUAAUAUGAGCAGUGAACUACUUCCUCACGAUGAAGAAAAUUUUGAACGUAAUAUGAGCAGUGAACUACUUCCUCACGAUGAAGAAAAUUUUGAACGUAAUAUGAGCAGUGAACUACUUCCUCACGAUGAAGAAACUUUUGAACAUAAUAUGAGUAAUGAACUGCUUCCUCAUGAUGAAGAAACUUUUGAACAUAAUAUGAGUAAUGAACUGCUUCCUCAUGAUGAAGAAACUUUUGAACAUAAUAUGAGCAGUGAACUGCUUCCUCAUGAUGAAGAAACUUUUGAACAUAAUAUGAGCAGUGAACUACUUCCUCACGAUGAAGAAAAUUUUGAACGUAAUAUGAGUAGUGAACUACUUCCUCAUGAUGAAGAAACUUUUGAACAUAAUAUGAGUAAUGAACUGCUUCCUCAUGAUGAAGAAACUUUUGAACAUAAUAUGAGCAGUGAACUGCUUCCUCAUGAUGAAGAAACUUUUGAACGUAAUAUGAGCAGUGAACUACUUCCUCACGAUGAAGAAAAUUUUGAACGUAAUAUGAGUAGUGAACUGCUUCCUCAUGAUGAAGAAACUUUUGAACAUAAUAUGAGCAGUGAACUGCUUCCUCAUGAUGAAGAAACUUUUGAACAUAAUAUGAGCAGUGAACUACUUCCUCACGAUGAAGAAAAUUUUGAACGUAAUAUGAGCAGUGAACUACUUCCUCACGAUGAAGAAAAUUUUGAACGUAAUAUGAGCAGUGAACUACUUCCUCACGAUGAAGAAAAUUUUGAACGUAAUAUGAGUAGUGAACUACUUCCUCAUGAUGAAGAAACUUUUGAACAUAAUAUGAUAAUGAACUGCUUCCUCAUGAUGAAGAAACUUUUGAACAUAAUAUGA